AUCUGAUACUUAACCAGAAAGCAAAUUUAAUUAUCUUGAAUCCAACGUCACCUCCUCAAGACUUAGAAAAAGGAACGUGGUAGCAACAGUUCCACCUAAUGUGCAUACAUAAGAACCAGAAGGAGGCAGUCCGAGGCACACCUCCGCGAUUCGCCGCCUCACUUUAACCGGAGGGGGGCCCUCUUCCUACGACGCCGACACCUGCGGGGGCCAAGUUAGAGUUGGAGUUAGAGGAAGAGUCGCAUUAGUUGGAGUAAGAAGAAAUGGUAAAAAUUGAAAGUAGGAGUGAGAUAGUGAUGGUAAAUGCUCGAGGGAGGGUAAGCACAAGGUAGUGGCCACAGAGUUGUAAGCCUGCCUAUUAAGUAGGCACAGGUAGCCAACCAAAGCGCGGAGGUAGCGACGCUUUUAGCUGUCAGGUAGCGGUCUAGAGAGCGGCAGCGUUGCGCAGUCAUUCAGUGUCGUGCUCGCCUGGCGCUAGGCUUGAAGAAGAGGUCGCGGAGAAGGUGCUGCUCAUUGCUCCUUUUUCUCACGGACGAUAAACAAUUUUUUAUCAGAUUUUUUAGUGUAUCUUAACUUUAGUGUUAAAAAAAAAACUUUAAUCCAAGUCAUCGUCAUCAUCAAGAAUUCCAAGAACAACCAGAUUCUAAAGAAAGAAUCCUCAUCAAAACGGCAACAUCAAGAAUUAUAUCGAGUGUGAAAACUUAAAGAAAAAGCUUUUUUUCUUUUGGGAACAGUGGUUGAUGGAGGAUUGAAAAUCUAAAUGGUUUGUGGUGCGGGUGAGACGCGUUUUUCGUUCGAUACGUUUGAGACAGGAUGCUGAUCUCCACCGGGAACCCACUGGGCGGCGGGAACGAUUUUACCGGCGUUCCGGGACUUGCCGGUUGCUGCCCGGUGCCGGUUACUCCUUCGCGAUCCGCAAUUGUCAAUUGGAAGAUGGAUCCCGUCGGACUUCCGGCAUCAAACACAGCGCCCAGCGUCUUACCAACAGCUUUAUCGUUAUCACCUUCAGUGGCAUCGUCUCCAUCAAUCACCAGUACGGCAGUGACAUCGGCAACAAGUGGACCCACAUCUUUGGCACCUGCGGCUUUAAGGGAAUUGUACGGAAAUGCAGCGACAGGUCCUGGACACCCAUUGGCCUCUUUGGUAUCUCAACAACGUUUUUUGGAGCUCUCCAGAUUCGGGUUGAGACACUACGAUCUUGCUCAACAUAUGCUCACACAGCAGGGAGCGGUCACAAAAUUAUUAGGCACAUUAAGACCUCCAGGUUUAAUCGGUGGAAGUAAACCGAAGGUAGCAACUCCUGCGGUAGUCUCAAAGAUUGAGCAAUACAAACGCGAGAAUCCGACGAUAUUCGCGUGGGAAAUCAGGGAGAGACUGAUAUCGGAAGGAGUAUGUACAAACGCAACAGCUCCAUCUGUAAGCAGUAUCAAUAGAAUUUUAAGAAAUAGAGCUGCAGAAAGAGCAGCCGCUGAAUUUGCAAGAGCUGCAGGAUAUGGUCUUUACCAUCCCCACCCAUACGCAGCCGCAGCCGCAGCUUUUCCAUGGCAUUCCCAUUUAUGGCCGAAUGGACCUUUGGGAUUACAACCCCCAGGAGGUGGUGGUUCUAACGUUAUGGCUGGAUCACCUGGUUCAUCGGCUUCGCCGCAAGAGCAUCCACUUUUAAGUUCACCACCUGGUGCUCAUAACGACAGUAAGGAUGAUUCAAGUUUAGACGGAUCAGAACAACCAAAAUUUAGAAGAAAUCGUACCACUUUUAGUCCGGAUCAACUCGAAGAAUUGGAGAAAGAAUUUGAGAAAAGUCAUUAUCCCUGCGUUUCGACGAGAGAAAGAUUGGCAUCGAAAACAUCGUUAUCGGAAGCUAGAGUACAGGUUUGGUUUUCCAACAGACGGGCGAAAUGGAGACGCCACCAAAGGAUGAACCUGCUGAAGCAAUCAUCACCAGGUCCCCACCAACAGGGCGGGAGCCAAUCGUCAAUGUUCAGCAGCCGAUUGACCCCCUCACCACACUACACCACCGGUUCCACCCCUGGAUCGCCGCUUACUACGCAUCACAGCGGGUCAGGGGCUCCGGGAGGCCCAUCGACCCUUUUGCUGCAGAUGGGCGGCGAAAAUAGUGCCUUCAAAGCCUUAGUGCCCAACUCAUUGCUCGGUUCUCACGAUGUAAGAAGCUUAAGCGCUUAUAUGUCCGAUUCCGAUGAGGAAAUUAACGUGAAUGACGAAUCCGAUAUGGAAGAUACGGUCAGAGACAGAUCGCGGUCUUCAAGUCCAGUUGAAGUGGUUGAUCCACCCCAAAAGGAUCCACCCACAUGUCAACCGUUGCAGUUAACGAUGCACGAUCGCGAUUAAAAAAAGUGUUUCCUUUUGCACAGACACUCACCGUUCUUUCUUAAUUUGUACUUUAAAUCGGUACCAAAGCAAACUGUCUUAAUUAAUUAUUUUUAUUUUAUCAGAAAAGAAGAAG